CCGAAUUGAAUCAUGCACACCGGUCUAUACCCCUUUAUUUAGUAAUUCAAAUUUCUCAUCUUCUUCCCCCUGAACCGUCAUCAACCAACAAUGGUGGAGUCACUGAUCCUUCAACUCCACGAAAUCUCCGCUCUCAAAUUCGGCAACUUCAAGCUCAAAUCCGGCAUCACUUCACCAAUGUACAUCGACCUCCGUCUCAUCAUCUCCCACCCUCACCUCCUCCGUCAAAUCUCCUCCACCAUCAUCUCCACCCUCCCUCCCUCCACAUCCUACGACGUCGUUUGCGGCGUACCCUACACCGCCCUCCCCAUUGCCACCGUCAUCUCCACCACCUCCAACGUCCCCAUGCUAAUGCGCCGUAAAGAAAUCAAACAUUACGGCCCUUCUAAACCAAUCGAAGGCGUUUUUCAACCUAAUCAAACCUGUCUGAUUGUCGAGGAUUUGGUAACGAGUGGAGCGUCGGUUAUUGAAACAGCCGCGCCGCUCCGUGCCGCCGGACUUAGGGUUACUGAUGCGGCGGUGUUGAUUGAUCGAGAGCAGGGCGGGAGGGAGAAUUUGGCGGCGCGUGGGAUCACGCUUCAUUCGGUGGUGAAACUUAGGGAGUUGGUUAGGGUUUUGAAACGGGAAGGUAGGGUUACUGAGGAGACGGAGGCGAUGGUGGUUAGGUUUUUGGAAGAGAAUAAUAAUGUUUCUCCGGCGGUUGGUUGUUCGGCGGCUAGGGUUAGGGUUUCGUAUGGGGAGAGGGCUAAAUUGGCUAAGAAUCCAACUGGGAGAAAAUUGUUUGAAAUUAUGGUGGAGAAAAAGAGUAAUUUGUGUUUGGCUGCUGAUGUUUCCACUGCAGCUGAACUGUUAGCAAUUGCUGAUAAGAUUGGACCAGAGAUCUGUAUGCUGAAAACUCAUGUAGACAUUUUGCCUGAUUUUACUCCUGAUUUCGGAUCCAAGCUUCGUUCGAUUGCAGACAAACAUAAUUUCCUUAUUUUCGAGGACCGUAAGUUUGCUGACAUUGGCAACACGGUAACAAUGCAGUAUGAAGGGGGCAUCUUUCGUAUAUUGGAGUGGGCAGAUAUAGUGAAUUGUCACAUUAUUUCCGGUCCUGGGAUCAUUGACGGGUUGAAAUUAAAGGGUCUACCUCGUGGGAGAGGGUUGCUGCUGCUUGCGGAAAUGAGUUCUGCUGGUAAUUUUGCUAACGGAGAGUACACAACUGCAGCAGCAAAAAUAGCAGAAGAGAAUUCAGAUUUUGUGAUCGGGUUUAUCUCGGUUAAUCCAGCAUCGUGGCCCACGGGCUCGGGCCCGUCUAAUCCCGCGUUUAUUCACGCAACGCCGGGCGUUCAGUUGGUUAAAGGCGGUGAUGGGUUGGGCCAGCAAUAUAACACCCCACAUUCAGUAAUUUCUGAGAGGGGUAGUGAUAUAAUAAUUGUCGGUCGUGGAAUAACAAAGGCCGAUAAUCCGGUUGAUGCAGCUCGGGAGUACCGAGUACAAGGUUGGAAUGCGUAUUGCAAGCGAGUUGAGUGAUUUUGUAUAGAAUCUAUAACAAAGGCCAAUGGCGUUUGUCAUCUUUCCAUGUAUUAUCUGUUACCUAUGACUUGGCCUUUUUACGCUUUUUGUACAGCCGUACAUGUUUCGUAUUAGAUGAUAGCCACCAAAUUAUCUUAAAAUCGAUCUCAUAUUCGUUAA